UUAGCCAAAAUCGUCGUAACCGGAAGUCUUGCACAGCCGACACCAACUUUGCGUGGAGUCCACCAAGCAGACGUCCGACGAUGCCUCCGUCAAACAAAAAUCGAGUGUUUGUCAUCGGCGUGGGCAUGACAAAGUUUGACAAGCCUGGAGCCCGAGGAGACUAUGACUACCCGGACAUGGCCAAGGAAGCGGGUCAAAAGGCUCUUGCAGAUGCAGGAAUCCCGUACUCCGCAAUCGAACAAGCCUGCGUGGGAUACGUCUACGGGGACUCCACGUGCGGGCAGAGGGCCAUUUACCACAGCCUGGGCUUAACGGGCAUCCCCAUCGUCAACGUCAACAAUAAUUGCUCCACGGGCUCCACGGCCCUCUUCAUGGCGCGGCAGCUCAUUCAGGGAGGUCUCUCAGACUGUGUGCUUGCACUCGGAUUUGAAAAGAUGGAGAGAGGCUCUUUGUCCUCAAAGUACACGGAUCGGACCAGCCCCAUGGACAAGCACAUGGAGGUGAUGAUCAACCGUUACGGGAUGGCGGCGGCACCGCCGGCCGCGCAGAUGUUCGGCAACGCCGGCAGGGAGCACAUGGAGAAAUACGGCACGAAACCUGAGCACUUUGCCAAAAUUGCCUGGAAAAACCACAAACAUUCCACCAACAACCCUUAUUCUCAGUUCCAAGACGAGUACACUUUGGAGCAGGUCAUGAACUCACGGAAGGUCUUCGAGUUCCUGACCCUUCUUCAGUGCUGCCCCGCGUCGGACGGCGCCGGCGCUGCGGUUUUGGCGAGCGAAGCCUUCGUCGGGCGUCAUCGUCUGGAGAAGCAGGCGGUGGAGAUCCUGGCGCAAGAGAUGGUGACGGACAUGAGCGCCACCUUCCGGGAAAACAGCUGCAUCAAGAUGGUGGGCUACGACAUGUCUCGCUCGGCGGCCCGGAAGUGCUUCGCGGCGUCGGGUCUGCAGCCCGCCGACGUCGACGUGGUGGAGCUGCACGACUGCUUCUCCCCCAACGAGCUGAUCACCUACGAGGCGCUGGGCCUGUGCCCUGAAGGAAAAGGUGCAGAGCUGAUUGACAGGGGGGACAACACAUAUGGCGGCAAAUAUGUCAUCAACCCCAGUGGUGGUCUCAUUUCCAAGGGACAUCCUUUAGGAGCCACAGGUCUGGCCCAGUGCGCCGAGCUGUGCUGGCAGCUGAGAGGUCAGGCCGGCAGGAGGCAAGUCCCGGGGGCCAAAGUCGCCUUGCAGCACAACAUCGGCUUGGGGGGCGCGGCGGUCGUCACUCUUUACAGGAUGGGCUUCGCGCGGGACGCCAGGCCGCACGUCAGGGCAGUUGCCACCAGCGCAGGCGACAGCUUGGAGGGAUUUAAAGCGUACGCCGUCUUCAAGGAGAUUGAAAAACAUCUGCAGGAGGAAGGAGCACAGCUCGUCAAGAAGGUCGGCGGCGUGUUUGCGUUUCAAGUGAAAGACGGACCCGAUGGGAAGGAGGCAACUUGGUUCGUGGAUGUGAAAAAUGGCAACGGGCGCGUCACCAAUGAAGCAGGGACCAAGGCCGACUGCACCUUGACCACCAGUGACCAAGAUCUGCUGGAUCUGAUGACGGGAAAGUUGAACGCGCAGAUGGCCUUUUUCAAGGGCAAGCUGAAGAUUGCCGGCAAUAUGGGCCUGGCCAUGAAGCUGCAGAACCUUCAGGUGUCACCGGGAAAAGCCAAGCUGUGAUUUUUGGAACCCCCAACCCCUCCCCCGGCUUUGGGAACGCAACACCUCCUUAAAUUCGGACACUCGUCAGCGCUGACGAGAGCUUCUGCGUGUCCCGUUUCAAUUGAUAUUUCGGAACCUGAUUGUGAAUAAUUGAUAUUAAAUCACCUCAAGAUGGCACAACGAAAGAAGAGCAAAGCCAAAGAAUACAUUUUUUUGUACACAGUACGGAAAAAAAGACGUCUGUGUGUGACAAAAGACGCGCAACUAAACACAACUUAUGGGAGAGCAGAGCAGCAGCGUUUUAGUCUAUGCUGAUGAUCAUUUUGGAGAGGAAAAAAAUCGAUCAACUUGAAAUGAUCAAAAACCUUCACUGUCCGAAAAUGUCACUAGGCAACGAUUUUAGCCGUGCAAACACACACUUCUGAUGUCAUUUCUCAUUCAUUCGUCUUCAAGAAUAAGUCAAAGAUGUUGCUCACCCUGAAAACGGCUGAUGUCGAUCUCUCUCUGGAAGAUUUGUAACAUUCUGCUGCACAAAAUCUUUAAUAAACGCCAGCAAGUGUGACCUUUUGUUUGAAGUCGGUCAGCGCGUGGCCGAGCGCAGACAAAUGUUCUUUGAAGGCCUCCUCGUCCCGUUUGCGAUUCGCUCUUUUGCCCUUGAGGCCACAAACGGCGAUUUGCAAAGUGCCACCUUUCUAGCUUUUGCUUUCCUGGCGCUCCGGGAAAAGAUCCACCUUCAAUAUGAUUAUUUUCCAACUAGUUUGAUAUAUUAGCUCCGAAAACUGAAAAGCUAACGUAGAUCGUCGUCGCAGUAAUCUUAUUGUAUUUCCAUCUGACUCGAGCUGCUACUUUUCCUGCUUUUAAUCGUCAAUUAAAAGACUAUUCAUCCCCCGCUUU